AUGGCGCUGGACACAGGGACGGUGGCGGCGGCGGCGGGGAUCGACGAGGCGUACGAGUUCUCCGCGCCCAGGUUCUUCGACUUCAUCACCGAGGAAACGGAGGAGGGCGUACACGCCGCCGAGAGCUGGUUCGAGGCCGCCCGCAGCCACGCUCCCUCGCCGUUCAACCACAGGAUCAAGGAAUCGAGGGCGGAGGCCAAGGUCGCGGUCCUCUGCGAUUUCGCGGAAGCCGAGGAGCUGGCUCCAGAGAAGGUGCCCGUGGAGGCGGUAGCAGGAAGCGUCACAGUUCACGGAGCAGUGGCUAUUGAUGGUGCUCCAUGUCCUGAGGCAAUGUCGGAAUCGCCGCCAGCUGAUGAAAUAUCGGGGUCACCUCCGACUCAAGAAGAGAAAGAUGAAUCGCCCCAAUCUUUCGAGUUCUUCACAGCUCCGACUCAAGAAGAGAAAUAUGAAUCGCCCCAAUCUCUCGAGUUCUUCACGGCGACGGACCAGUAUGUAAAAUCAGCAGAUGGUGGUGCUGCCAGCACGCCCAAGAUGCAGACGCGUCCUCCUUCCCCUCCUAUCAAAGUUGCCCCUGCGAUUUCGACAUGUGACAGUUCUUCAGUGAAUACUGGGGCGCGCACGCCGAAGAUGGAGGCAAACAUGCGCAGAGCAGGUCCUAUAGCUGCUUCGAUGGGUGCCAAGAGGAACGUGAUCAAGGGUGGUCGAGAUUUGGGGACUGGAAAGGCAGCCAGUGCUGGGGCUGAAAUUGCACAGGAGAACCAAGCGGUGAAGAGGCAGAAACUUGAUGAUGGAAGAGCCAGACAGAUACUGAAUGUCAAGACUAAGGUGCUGCCUCAUAAGGGAAGAGCUGAUUUAGCUGGAAGCAAUGAAGUGAGGAGGUCCCAUGAGGAUAUGUGCUCUGUGAAGGAAGCAACUCCAUAUGUAUCAGCUGCAGAAUUGGUUAAGAAGUUUGAAUCAGGGACCAGAAAGCUGAGCAUUACUCACAGCAGAUCUCGUUCUCAUGAGGAUGCUGCAUUACAGGGAAGGCCUAAGCUGCUUAUGUUAACUAGACCGAAGGAGCCUGAGUUUCAAACUUCCCACAGAGUCCGAGCAGUCAAAGUGAAGAGCUCUGCAGAGCUAGAGGAGGAAAUGUUGGCAAAGAUCCCCAAGUUCAGGGCACGGCCAUUCAACAAAAAGAUUGCUGAAGCCCCUUCGUUUCCUCCACUUCCAAGGAAAACCCCACAGGUCCCCGAAUUUAAUGAGUUCCAUCUUAAAACAAUGGAGAGAGCAACUCGAUAUGCGGACACAUGUUCAGAAGUUUCUUGUGCAGAGACUAUCCGUUCUCAAAAUAAGCCACUGAAAUUGACACAACCAAAGCCACCACGACUUCAUACAGCAAAGAGAGUUCGGCCACCAAGUGUGAAAAGUUCUCAGGAACUUGAACUGGAGGAGCUGGAGAAGGCCCCCAAGUUCAAGGCCAGGCCACUAAACAAAAAGAUUCUUGAGAGUAAGGGAGACAUUGGUGUGCUUGCCCAUCCAAAGUCUCAGGUCACAGCUCCCAAGGAGUUCCAUUUCUCUACCGAUGUUCGCUUGGGCCCUCCAUCAGUUGCUGACUUAUUUGACAAGCUCUCUCUUCACUCUGAAUGUUCUUCAAACAGCAACAGGCAAGAUGUGCCCAGACUCACCAUACCAAACCCUUUCAAUCUACAAACAGAGGAAAGAGGUCAUUUAAAAGAGAGGCAGCUAGAAGCACAGCUCUUGCAAAAGAAGAUGGAGGAGGAAAAGGCCAGGGUUCACAAAGCUAAUCCUUAUCCAUACACCACAGACUAUCCGAUGAUUCCGCUGAAGCCUGAACCGAAGCCCUGUACAAGACCAGAAGGCUUUCAACUAGAGAGUUUGGUGAGACAUGAACUAGAGCAGCAAAGGCUGAUGGAAGAACGACAGAGAAUGGAGAGGGAAGAAGCUCAGAGGAGAAUCGUCAAAGCUCAACCUGUAUUGAAAGAGGAUCCUAUCCCACUUCCGGAGAAAGAGCGGAAACCUCUUACUGAAGUUCAACAAUUUGUGUUGCAUAUUGAUGAGAGGGCAGUGCAGAGAUCAGAAUUUGAUAGCAUGAUAAAAGAGAAAGAAAAGACUUACAAAAGGUUGAGAGAGGAGAACGAAUUCGCGCAAAAGAUUGAGGAGGAGAAGGCACUGAAGCAGCUGAGGAGAACCAUGGUGCCACAUGCCCGGCCGCUCCCCAAGUUUGACCGACCAUUCCGACCACAGAAGUGA